AUGGAAAGUGCCCAAGGCCAAGCUAUCUCCAAGGAUGAACUCCCAGAUGGCAUGUUCAUGUGCUCCGAACUGUAUAUUGCGGCGUUCGAGGGGCGGACAGAGGAGGUCCUCAUCGGGCUGCAAACUGGAGGCGUCCACACCGCGACGGCAGCUAGAAACGGUCGUCGUCGGCCGUCGCCAGGCGAUGCCAGACCAACUGGCACUCAGCAUGGACCCUGCUGCACCACCCGGGAGGUGACCGCGGACCGAAGCACGCUGCUCCACAUCGGCGCAGGCCAGGGCCACCGCGACCUCGUCACCGAGCUCGGCCUCCGCGACGGCGCGCUCCUCUUCUCGGCCAACUCCUCGCUGGACACGCCUCUCCACUGCGCGGCGAGGUCCGGGCACGCCGGCGCGAUCGAGGCCAUCGUCCGGCUGGCCAGGCGUGACGCGGACGCGGACAGGCUGCGAGAGGAGCUUCUGGGCCGCAGGAACCGCGCCGGGGACACGGCGCUGCACGUCGCCGCCAGGCACGGCCACGGCGAGGCGGUGGAGGCGCUGAUGAAGCUGGCGCCCGAGCUGGCCGCCGGCGUCAACGGCGCCGCCGUGUCGCCGCUGUACCUGGCGGUGAUGAGCAGGUCAGUGCGCGCCGUCGAGGCCAUACUUGGGUACAGGGACGCGUCCGCCGCUGGUCCCAUGUCGCAGAACGCGUUGCACGCGGCGGUUCUGCAGAGCUCAGAAAUGGUUUCUUUGCUACUGCGAUGGCAGCCAGGACUUGCAACUGAUCUUGAUUGCUACAAGAGCAGCCCAUUACAUUUUGCUUCAUCAGAUGGUGACUGUGAUAUCAUCAAAGAGAUCUUAACAUACGCACCACCGAGCACAGCAUAUUUGCAGGACAGAGAAGGCCUCUCGGCUCUUCAUGCUGCAGCGCUGAUGGGUAAUGGUCCUGCAGUGAAAUUGUUGCUACAAUUCUGCCCCGCUUCUGCAGACAUCCGUGACAACCAAGGUCGAAGCUUUCUGCAUGUAGCUGCUUUGCGAGGCCACUCCUCCAUUGUUUCCCAUGUUAUAAAGAAUCGGAUGCUAGAAAAUCUUCUGAAUGUCCAAGACCAGGAAGGGAACACGGCACUUCAUUUGGCUGUGCAGGCAGGGGAAUACAGAGUUGUCUCCAAGCUGUUAUCUAGUGGAAAAGUGCAGGUUCACAUUAUGAACAAUGAAGGCUGCACCCCAUCUGAUCUGAUUGAAAACUCAACCAGUUUCUACUCAAUGGUAAGGUUAGUGGUAAAGCUAAAUGUCUACCAAGCACAAUUCAGGCCGCAGAGGCAAGACCAUGUAAAGGAAUGGGCUGGUCAGGACUUGGUGAAAUGGCGAUUGGUGACAUCAAAGAAUCUUGCAAUUGUUUCCACCCUUGUGGCCACAGUUGCCUUCUCUGCAGCAUUCAACGUGCCUGGUUCAUAUGGAUCUGAUGGGAAGGCAACUCUGAAUGGGAACCGCAUGUAUAAUGCCUUCCUCGUGCUGGAUACCAUUGCUGUGACCACUGCCGUGGUGGCAACCAUCCUACUCGUUUAUGGGAGAGCUUCGCGAUCCCACCACUCCUGGUUGGAUUUCAUCAUCUCGAUGCACUUCCUCUGGCUAUCACUUCUCAGCAUGAUGCUAGGAUUCUUCACAGCUAUAGCUGCAACAAGUGAUGAGAAUUAUACAUUGAUUGCAUUGGUUAGGCUGAUCUACUCUGGGUUGUAUGUCUUAAUAUUGCUGCUCACAAUCCUAGGAAGUCCAGGAUCACUUAGAGGGGUUCUGCGACUUCUAUUUGGACGAAAACAACAUCUCAAGAGGCACAUCAAUCGGCAGUAUCCCUUUGUAGUAAUUUACGUCUUCAACAUGCUUUUGUUCAUAGUCAUAAGCAAUAUAGCAAUUUCUGCUGUGCAGACAAUUGGAGACGUGUCAACGUCUUCUAGGAAUCAUGUGUAA